AUGCGACCAAAAUCAUCACUUUCUAAACACACUAAAAGAGCACUGUACUUGAAAUCAAAAAGGGCGAACGAAACUCCCGAAGAACGUGAUGUCCGCCUGAGAGGUGAGAGAAUACGAGCAGCAACAUCUAGAGCUGCUCAGACACCGGACCAACGCGAUGCACGUCUCGAAAGGGAAAGAUUACGAACAUCAGCUUCUAGAGCUGCUAACAAACGGGACCAACGCGAUGCACGUCUCGAAAGCCAAAGAUUACGAGCAUCAGCAUCUAGAGCUGCUGAGACACCGGACCAACGAGAUGCACGUCUAGAAAGGCAAAGAUUACGAGCAUCAGUAUCUAGAGCUGCUGAGACACCGGACCAACGAGAUGCACGUCUAGAAAGUGAAAGAUUACGAGCAUCAAUAUCUAGAGCUACUGAGACACCUGACCAACGCGAUGCACGUCUCGAAAGCCAAAGAUUACGAACAUCAGCAUCUAGAGCUGCUGAGAUACCAUACCAAGGCAAUGCUCAUAUAGGAAGGGAAAAUACACGACUCUCAAUAUCAAGAGCUACUAAUACAUCGGAUCAAUGCAAUGUACGUCUAAAAGAAAAACUAUUGCGAUCAUCAACAACUAGAUCUGCUGGAAGAACGAGAUACAUGUUUACGAAUAUAAAGGCUGAGAUUGUCAAUAUCUAG